AGGCCAAGUCAAGUGUCUGCGAUUGAUAUGCAGUUUAUCGGAGUCAUGACGCGUCGUCAUUAUUUAAAUCCAUUAAGAUAACGUCCGCUCAGAUGCUAGCAAAUUGAUCGUGAAAGCGGACGUUCAUUUAGUGGCCGACUCUGAGUAGACACUGUCAGCACCAGAUUUUUAUUGGACUGUUCGUGUGUUGAUCGAUUUCUAUUGAAGUUAAUUAUUAUGUCGAUUACUAGUAUUGAAGAUGAUGCACUAGCAUUACAGAGUUACAUCAAGUCAUAUCCAGAUUUCCCUCUGCCUGGAAUAUUGUUUAGAGAUAUAUUCACUGUCUUCCAAAGUACUGAUGGAUUACAAUUGUUGAAUAAUAUUUUGAAAAAGUAUGCGGUUGAAAUUGCUGGUAAAGUUGAUUGUGUUGCAAUGUUGGAAGCUCGAGGAUUUUUGUUGGGUACUUUAAUGGCAUUGCACUUAAAUGUUCCCUGUGUUCCAGUUAGGAAGAAGGGAAAGUUACCUGGCAAAGUAGCUCAACUAGAGUAUAGUUUGGAAUAUGCUAAAGAUGUUUUGGAAGUUCAAUUAGACGUCUUAAAAGAAGGAAAGAGAGUUCUGGUCAUUGAUGAUUUGUUAGCAACUGGAGGUACACUUGAAGCUGCUGUUCAACUACUGAGGAAAACUGGAGCAGAAGUAGUUCAAGCAGUAGUUAUUAUGGAACUUUGUGAUUUAGAAGCACGGAAAAAAAUUGACAUUCCAAUCAAAUCAUUUAUUCAAUACUAAAUGUGUUAUAUAUAAUAAAUAUUUUAAGUAAAUCAUUUUUUUUUUAAAUACAAUAAAUAUUUUUGAAAUAAU